AUGGAGGUCUCUCGGAGAAAGGCGCCCCCGCGCCCCCCACGCCCCGCCGCGCCGCUGCCCCUGCUCGCCUAUCUUCUGGCUUUGGCAGCGCCGGGCCGGGGCGCGGACGAGCCCGUGUGGCGGUCAGAGCAAGCCAUCGGAGCCAUCGCGGCGAGCCAGGCGCACGGCGUGUUCGUGGCGAGCGGCAGCUGCCUGGACCAGCUGGACUACAACCUGCAGCACCGGUUCUCGCGCCUGUACCGGGACCAACCCGGCAACUGCACGGAGCCGGUCUCGCUGGCGCCCCCCGCGCGGCCCCGGCCGGGUAGCAGCUUCAGUAAGCUGUUGCUGCCCUACCGCGAGGGGGCAGUCGGCCUCGAGGGGCUGCUGCUCACCGGCUGGACCUUCGACCGGGGCGCCUGUGAGGUGCGGCCCCUGAACCUGAGCCGCCAGUCCCUGCGCAAUGGCACCGAAGUGGUGUCCUGCCACCCGCAGGGCUCGACGGCCGGCGUGGUAUACCACGCCAGCCACAACAACCGCUGGUAUCUGGCGGUGGCUGCCACCUACGUGCUGCCCGAGCCGGAGAAGGCUAGCCGCUGCAAUCCGGCAGCGUCUGACCGAGACACGGCCAUCGCGCUCAAGGACACGGAGGGGCGCAGCCUGGCCACAAUGGAGACGGGUCGCCUCAAGCUGAGCGAGAGCGCGGGCAGCCUGCACUUCGUGGACGCCUUUCUCUGGAACAGCAGCGUCUACUUUCCAUACUACCCCUACAACUACAGCAGUGGUGCCGCCACCGGCUGGCCCAGCAUGGCGCGCAUCGCACAGAGCGCGGAGGUGCUGCUAUUCCAGGGCCAGGCAGCCCUCGAUUGCGGCCACCAGCACCCCGACGGCCGCCGCCUACUCCUCUCCUCCAGCUUGGUGGAGGCCCUUGACGUUUGGGCGGGCGUGUUCAGCGCGGCUACCGGGGAGGGCCAGGAGAGUCGCUCCCCUGCCACCACGGCGCUCUGCCUCUUCAGGAUGAGUGAGAUCCAGGCGCGCGCCAAGAGCUGCAGCUGGGAUUUCCAGACCGAGCACAACUGCAAAGAAGGGGAUCAACCAGAAAGAGUCCAACCAAUUGCAUCAUCUACCUUGAUCCAUUCCGACCUGACGUCCGUUUAUGGCACCGUGGUCUUGAACAGGACUGUUUUAUUCUUGGGGACUGGAGAUGGCCAGCUACUUAAGGUUAUUCUUGGAGAAGAUUUAACUUCGAAUUGCCCGGAAGUUAUUUAUGAAAUUAAGGAAGAAACCCCUGUUUUCUACAAACUUGUUCCUAAUCCAACGGAUAAUAGAUACAUCUAUGUCACAGCUGGGAAAGAGGUUAGGAAAAUUCAUGUUGCAAACUGCAAAAAGCAUAAAUCCUGUACGGAGUGUCUAGCAGCAACAGACCCUCACUGCGGCUGGUGUCACUCGCUACAAAGCUGCACUUUUCAAGGAGAUUGUGUGCACCGAAAUGACACACGAAACUGGCUGGAUAUUUCACUUGGAGCUGAAAAGUGCCCCAAAAUUCAGAUGAUUCGAAACAGUCAAGCUGAGACUAUUGUGACCAUGGUGGAAGGCUUCUCUCCAAGACGUUCAGUGUGCACGGUGAGUAAUGCUGACACCAAGAAGAGUCUCUGCAAGAGAGAAAGUCCAGCAAAUCAAACCUGCAACUGCAGCAUCCCAACCAAGGCAACCUACAAAGAUGUUUUGGUUGUCGACGUGAUGUUCUCCUUUGGUGACUGGAAUUUAUCAGAGAGAUUCAACUUCGCCAACUGCUCAUCAUUAGGAAAAUGCCCAGUGUGUAUUGGAACUGGCUGUGCUUGGUGUACCAGUGAAAGAAAGUGUAUCCACCCCUUCACAGCUUGUGAACCUUCUGCUUACAAGAGAAACCAGGAAUUGUGUCAAGUUGAUGUUGAGAAAUGGCCACCAUCCAAGAUCUCAGGAGGAGGAACAAUGAAGGAGACUGAGAAUCGCAGAACUGACCAGGGCUUACAGGUCUUCUCCAUUGAACCACAGAAAAUAUCGACCUUAGGGAAAAGUAAUGUGAUGGUUACAGGAGCCAACUUUACUCGAGCAUCUAACAUCACAAUGAUCCUGAAAGGAACCAGUACUUGUGAUAAGGAUGUGAUCCCGGUUAGCCAUGUGCUAAAUGACACCCAUAUGAAAUUCUCUCUUCCAUCAAGUCGAAAAGAGAUGAAGGAUGUGUGUAUUCAGUUUGAUGGUGGUAACUGUUCUUCUGUAGGGCCGUUAUCUUACAUUGCUCUGCCUCACUGUUCCCUGAUACUUCCUUCUGCCACCUGGACCAGCGGUGGUCAAAAUAUAACCAUAAUGGGCCGAAACUUUGAUGUCAUUGACAAUUUAAUCAUUUCACACGAGUUAAAAGGAAACAGCAAUGUGUCUGAAUAUUGUAUGGUGACUCACUGCAGGUUUUUAGCUCCUGGCUUAAAGAGCCCAAAAGUGCCUACAAAUUUCACUGUGAAGUUAAGAGUACAGGAUACCUAUCUGGACUGUGGGACCUUGCAGUAUUUUGAAGACCCCAGGUUUACUGGGUAUCGGGUAGAGUCUGAGGUGGACACAGAACUGGAAGUCAAAAUUCUAAAAGAAAAUGAUAACUUCAACAUUUCCAAAAGAGACAUUGAAAUCACUCUCUUCCAUGGGGAAAAUGAGCAACUAAAUUGCAGCUUUGAAAAUAUUACUAGAAAUCAAGAUCUCACCACCAUCCUUUGCAAAAUUAAAGGCAUUACUGCUGCAAACAGCAUUGCCAUCUCUUCCAAGAAAGUCCGUGUCAAAUUGGGAAAUUUGGAACUCUUCGUUGAGCAAGAAUCAGUUCCUUCCACUUGGUAUUUUCUGAUUGUGCUUCCCGUUUUGCUAGCGAUUGUCAUUUUUGCGGCUGUGGGGGUGACCAGAUACAAAUCGAAGGAGCUGAGUCGGAAACAAAGUCAACAGCUGGAGCUUCUGGAAAGUGAGCUCCGGAAAGAGAUACGUGAUGGCUUUGCGGAGCUGCAGAUGGAUAAAUUGGACGUGGUUGAUAGUUUUGGAACUGUUCCCUUCCUUGACUACAAGCAUUUUGCUCUGAGAACUUUCUUCCCUGAGUCAGGUGGCUUCACUCACAUCUUCACUGAAGAUAUGCAUAACAGAGACGCCAAUGACAAGAAUGAGAGUCUCACAGCUUUGGAUGCCCUCAUUUGUAAUAAAAGUUUCCUUGUUACCGUCAUUCACACCCUUGAAAAGCAAAAGAAUUUUUCAGUGAAGGACAGGUGCCUGUUUGCCUCCUUCUUAACCAUUGCACUGCAAUCUAAGCUGGUCUACCUGACCAGCAUCCUGGAGGUGCUGACCAGGGACUUGAUGGAACAGUCAAGUAACAUGCAGCUGAAACUCAUGCUAAGAUGCACGGAGUCUGUGGUGGAAAAACUCCUCACCAACUGGAUGUCUGUCUGCCUCUCUGGUUUCCUUCGGGAGACUGUUGGAGAGCCGUUCUAUUUGCUGGUAACAACUUUGAACCAGAAAAUAAACAAGGGUCCGGUCGAUGUCAUCACUUGCAAAGCCCUGUACACCCUUAAUGAAGACUGGCUGCUGUGGCAGGUUCCAGACUUCAGUACUGUGGCGUUAAACGUCGUUUUUGAAAAAAUCCCAGAAAACGAGAGUGCAGAUGUGUGUCGGAAUAUUUCAGUCAAUGUUCUGGACUGUGAUACCAUAGGCCAAGCCAAAGAGAAGAUUUUCCAAGCAUUCUUAAGUAAAAAUGGCUCUCCUUACGGACUUCAGCUCAAUGAAAUCGGACUUGAGCUUCAAGUGGGCACACGGCAAAAAGAACUUCUGGAUAUAGACAGUUCCUCUGUCAUCCUCGAAGAUGGAAUAACCAAGCUAAACACCAUCGGUCACUAUGAGAUAUCAAAUGGAUCGACUAUAAAAGUCUUUAAGAAGAUAGCAAAUUUUACUUCAGAUGUGGAAUACUCGGAUGACCACUGCCAUUUGAUUUUACCAGAUUCAGAAGCAUUCCAAGAUGUGCAAGGAAAGAGACAUCGAGGGAAGCACAAGUUUAAAGUAAAAGAAAUGUAUCUGACAAAGCUACUGUCCACCAAGGUGGCAAUUCAUUCAGUGCUUGAAAAACUUUUUAGAAGCAUUUGGAGUUUACCCAACAGCAGAGUCCCCUUUCCUAUCAAAUACUUUUUUGACUUUUUGGAUGCCCAGGCUGACAACAAAAAAAUCACAGAUCCUGAUGUUGUACAUAUUUGGAAAACAAACAGCCUUCCUCUUCGCUUCUGGGUAAACAUCCUGAAGAACCCUCAGUUUGUCUUUGACAUUAAGAAGACACCGCAUAUCGAUGGCUGUUUGUCGGUGAUUGCCCAGGCGUUCAUGGAUGCAUUCUCUCUCACAGAGCACCAACUUGGGAAGGAAGCACCAACAAAUAAACUUCUCUAUGCCAAGGAUAUCCCAACCUAUAAAGAGGAAGUCAAAUCUUAUUAUAAAGCAAUCAGGGAUUUGCCUCCAUUGUCAUCAUCAGAAAUGGAAGAAUUCUUAACUCAGGAAUCUAAGAAACAUGAAAAUGAAUUUAAUGAAGAAGUGGCCUUGACAGAAAUCUACAAAUACAUCCUAAAGUAUUUUGAUGAGAUUCUAAAUAAACUAGAAAGAGAACGAGGGCUGGAAGAAGCUCAGAAACAACUCUUGCAUGUAAAAGUCUUAUUUGAUGAAAAGAAGAAAUGCAAGUGGAUGUAAGCACUCUGGGGCCUGGCUUAAUCUGGCAAAGUUCUUCCGAAGACUUGGGAGCAAAAUGGCUGCUUGGGUUACUCUGUGUCGUUCAGUUUUUCAGUUUGCACAUAGGCUCCACUGUCUUUGUAAGAGACCAGGUACAUGCACAGCUUUUAGAAAGCAGACCAAACAUUGUGCCUGUGGGAACCCUUCUGUAAAUAGAGUCGAAGUGGGUGUUGCAGAGAAUACAGGGCCAGUAAGCACGUGUCAAUAUUGUUAACUACAGUCUCCGCUUAAGCACAA